AUGUUUGACAGCAUACAUGAUGACAACACAAGAGGUAGAAAGCAUCACAGAAAACCAAGAUAUCAGUCCUCUUCUUCCUCCUCAUCUUCACGAUCCUCCUCUUCUUCUUCCUCCAGUAGUGACUCUGACUAUGACAGACACCAUCACAGACGCAGACACAGACAAAAAAGUCGUAGUCCAACAUCAAAAUUACACACAUUUAGUGGUGAUGGAAAGAUCAGCUGGGACACAUUCAUCACACAAUUUGAAAAGAUAGCUGACAGACAUGAUUGGGGAAAAAAGAAACGUACUGACAAAUUGUUCACUAGUUUAGAGGGGGAAGCCUUAGAAUAUGUCUGUAAACUGGAUCUAGACAGCUACAAAAAGAUUAAAAAGGAAAUGAGUAGGAGGUUCAAUACUAAAGAAAACCCAAUCUCAGCUAGACGCAAGCUGCAGUACAUGAGACAACAUGAGGAGGAAUCACUUCAACAAUUUGCACAAAGAGUUCACUUCAUCACCAUCGAUGGCUACAAAGAAUCGGGAAAAUGA